UUCAUUAACUAACAAUAAUGUCAUAUCAACUUCAUUCUCCUGGUCCACUGUUGCAUCCAGGCCAUGGGAAUGGGACUUGCCAAAAGGAAACUGAUCCUUCCUCUUGUUUUCAUUCUAAUAAUCAUCUCCCUUCUGAGAGUACUCAAACUUACAUUAAUCUCUUCGUCUUUUUCGUCUCCAAGACUUGUUCUAACUACAUUUAACCAUGAACCCUUCAUGCUUCCACCUCCCAUUCCUUUAAAUCCAAUCAGAAAAGAAAAACUCUCCAAGAAAGAGUUCCGGUUUCUAUCUGAUAUACUUCUAAAAAAAUCUCCCUGCAACGUUCUUGUUUUUGGGUUAGAAGAAGAGUACCUGAAGUUAGAGAUUAUUAAUACAGGUGGUAGCACAGUUUUUCUAGAAAAUAGACCUGAAAGGCUUAUGAAAGUUGAAGGAGGAUAUAAUGCUCGUCGGGUUUAUAAAACUGAGUACAAAACCUAUGCCAAGGAUGCAUACAAGCUACUAAAGUAUGCAAGAUCAAACUCGAGUUGUGAUCCGAGUUUGGGAAUAAAAAGUAUUAUGACAGAAUGUAAACUUGCUUUGACUGGGCUGCCUAAGGAAGUGUUAAAGACGAAAUGGGAUAUAAUCAUCGUGGAUGGGCCGUGCGGUGAAGGACCAGACUCACCAGGAAGAAUGGGUUCUGUAUUUAUGGCUGGUGUUCUGGCAAGAGCCGGAAAUGGAACUAAUGUGAUUGUUCAUGAUGUUGAUCGUAUGAUUGAGAAGUGGUUUUCAUGGGAGUUUUUAGGUGAAGAGAAUCGGGUUUCUUCCAAAGGGCGGUUUUGGAACUUUAGGAUACCUCAGCAAGUUAAAAACAGUUCUAGGAAUUCUGCUCUAGGUAAAUAGUGAGUAAUUUGUAAUUGUCAUCCUGUUUAGUAACUACGCUGCAUUCUCUUGUUCGUUUUAAAUAGAAUUAGGGAAUGAAAAGAAAAGAAAAAAAUUGUUAAAAUGCAUGCAUUCUUGUCUAUUUUUACAAGUAUGUAAGCUGUUAGAAACAAAUUCCCGCCAAUAACUCAUUCAUUUAUAUUCUUCA